AUGCUUCGUACCCUUUGCAAAAGCUUCUUCUCAGAGGGUGCUGUGGAAACGUACGGGAGUUGUUUCUCUCUUCGCUUCAUAAAACCCCUUCUUUAUUACGAGCAAAACGAAUUAUUGCCUGAAUCGGAUUCUCAGUUUGACGACGAAAUUCCAAUCGAGUGGCGCGAAUCAAAGACAAAGUUAAUCAGCGCUAUCAACCGAUUCUUGGCUACACACGAGAAGACAACUUAUAAUUUCCUUGACAAGACUCGUCACGACAUCGAGAGUUUGAUUGUGAAUUUGGAACAAGCAUAUUCUCAAGGUAUAGAGUCAUCAGAAGAGAACCCUACCUCCCACAAAGAUCCCUCUGCCGCUUCCGCUACGUCUAGUUCCGCUCCAGAUAACUCUGUAGCUUCCCAACCAGAAGUACAUCCCCCUCAAGGCAUCAACUCCGAUGACUUUGUCAAUGCCUUCUUUAAUCGGAUGCAAGGCGCAACUGAGUCAAGAAAAUUGAAAGUUUCAGAUCUGGGAUAUUUUUAUCCAGAUGCACCACUUAAUUGGGGUGAAGAAGCAAUUAUUACAUACAAUGGUCAACAAUAUUACCGUUCCGCAGCUAGUUUCACUAACCGGGUACAAAAUUUAGUUGCUUUGAAGAAAUGGCCAGCCGUUUCUGACGUUAUCGAUCCAUCGUUAAUGGGAGCAGCUCGUAUCUGGUGGGAUCAGACUUUACAGAACGUCACUCGAACCGGAAUCCUCAAAAGUGUGGAUGAGAAAGAAUUAGUUAAAGCACUCAAUGAGCGCUUUAGGCCACCACCUUCCGAGUCCUUCGCAGCGCUAUACAGAACACAAUAUGGUAUCAAUGAAUGUCGAGAACGAAAGGAUAUAGCAGACUACAUUGGACAAAUUCAAGCAGCUUCCAAAGCCAUUGGCGGCGCUCAUGACACUCCAGCAUCAAUCGUUUUACAUGCUUGGCGUCAGAUUGACAUAGUUCUUCGAGAAAAUAUACCAGAGCUCCACCUGAGAAGACCGUGGAAGACUUCACUAAGGAAAAAUCAAAAGACGGUUUUGGAUGCUUUUAACCAACUUCAACGACAAAUGAGUAAGGCAGGGUUUUACAUCGGCCCGAACGGACCAAAUGCUUUCAACCCAAACAAUCCUUAUCAACCAAAUAAUCAGGACAAUUACUAUCCUCGACCCAACUUCAACAACACUUUUGCUGCUCGUGGUCCCAACGCUGGAAACAACUCCUACAACCCUUACAAUCGCAACGCGGAAAACGCAAACUUCCGUAACAAUCGCUCUAACAAUUGGCCAAAUCAGAACAACCCUUAUCGACAGAAAUAUUCUCAACUACAAGGAACUUUCUCUCCCAACUCGCCGUCCAACAUGCCACAGCAACGAGCAAUCGAGGGCAAUAGAGCCAACCAGAAUCAACAACAUUGGGGCAAUAAGCCUAAUCAAGCUCAGCAACCUUGGCAGAACAGGCAGAGUCAAAGACUUCUAGGAGCACCAGCCUCUGCUAACUUGGCAGAUACUGAUACUGAUACCUCAUCAUCUAACCCAGUUAAUACGGGCCAACCCGAUUUUAUGGCUGGCUGUGACGACCAACAAGGCUUUGGAUACCAACUCGGCUAUGACCCUGAACGAGAAGGCUUUAGUUAUUUUACUUCUGCUACCCACAUGACCCCAGCUAAGAGCAAACCUAAAAUGCACAUUUGUAAAGUCUGCAGAGAAGAAUUUUCUUCCCGGAAUAAACUUUUCACUCAUUUGACGGAAAGAGGUCAUAAACAGUCUCGAUCAUUUAAGUCAACAGCUUCUCAACAGGCUGAGUUGACAAAUUUCACUACUCGCUUCUCCACUCGAACUGCUCCAACGCCUAGCGUCACUCCUGAACCAAUUGAGAAGAGAUCCGCCACUCCACAGUUCGAGGUGGGUUCAGGUAUUGGUUAUCGAGGAUAUACCUAUACCACUAUUCAGAUUCGUACAGCUGCCAAACCAUUAAUUGUCAGAGGCAUCGCCAAUAAUAAGUAUACUACUUCUGACUAUGUACUCCUAGAGUUAUGUGUUCCCGGAAAGGAUACCAAGACUGGGGUUCCAGCUGAUGCUGUUUUUACUCGUGAAUUUCAUCUUGUCGACGACCUCCAAGCUAACACGUUGGUCGGUAACGAUAUUUUAUAUCCGGAGAAAUGUGAUUUGAUCUAUUCAAAGAAGCAGUUGUUAGUUAACUCUUGCGGAGUUGAAGUGCCUAUGCAGGUUCAUGUUCGACAAGGCUCUGCGGUUAAGGCUCAACUGGUACAUUUUAAGAAGACGAUGAUAGUUCCUCCACAUAGUUCCAUGGUUGUCCCUAUACACAAGAUUUCUAAGGACAGGGAUCUUUUCUUUGAACCCGAACAAUCAGAUCAUGUCUCCCUUUUCGUAUUCCUUGUCUCCCAGGACACUACUGGUAUUUUGGUUAAGAAUGAUUCACCUCAACGCAGAAAGAUAAAUUUCUUUAAGAAAGCGUUAGCCACUACUGUUGCCGCAUAUACGGCUUUGACUAGUUCUACAGUCAAGACAACAGUGUCUCCUAAUACUACUGCGGCGUCUGCUACCUUUUCAACCGUUGAAGCUCCUAUUCGUCCUUCAGUUACACCUGAUUCAGUACCUUCAAAGAGAUAG